ACUCUUUGCAAAAGCAACGGUUAUGUUCUUCCUUCUUCUUCUUCUUCUUUUUUGACUUUCUGAGAACCAGAGCCUUGACCUUGACAUUAAAGACCCAAAUGGCAAGCGAUGCUGCUUCAUACACGCCGGAACCUUUCAGGCUCCGUUGGGACGUGUUUUUAAGUUUCAGAGGUGAAGAUACGCGCCACACCAUCACGCACAGCCUAUACGACUCACUUCAUAAGCAUGGAAUCAGAGUCUUUAGAGACGACGAGGGCUUGAACCGUGGGGACGAGAUUGCUCCUAGUCUGUUUGAAGCCAUCUAUGACUCCGCGGCUUCUAUUGUCAUUCUCUCGCCCAAUUAUGCCUCUUCUAGGUGGUGCCUUGAAGAGCUGGGUAAAAUAUGCGAGUUAAAUAGACUGAUUCUGCCUGUGUUCUACCAAGUUGAUCCCUCCCAUGUUAGGCGACAACAAGGAUCUUUUAGAGAGCAUUUUAAGAACCAUGAAGAGAGAUUUGGACAAGAAAUGGUGUUGAAAUGGAGGAAAGCUAUGGCAAAAAUUGGUGGUAUUUCUGGUUGGGUUUUCGUUAACUGGGACGAAGAGCAACUGGUGCAACUUUUAGUCAAAAGGAUUUCGACUGAAUUGAGUAAUACUCCAAUAAGAGUGGCUGCUUAUACAGUUGGACUUAAUUCUCGUGUGGAACAACUUGUGAGGUUGUUAGAUGUAAAAUCCAGAGGCAUUCUGGUUCUGGGGCUUCAUGGGAUGGGUGGGGUUGGUAAGACAACCCUUGCAAAGGCUGUUUACAAUAAAUUUGUUGGGCAAUUUGAGCAUCGCAGUUUCAUUUCAAAUGUUAGAGAGAUUUCAGGAAAAGUUGAUGGAUUGAUAUCUCUACAAAAGAAACUUAUUGAUGAUCUUUACCCUGAUAAUGAGGUGGUUGUUACAAAUGAGGUUAAGGUAAAUAUUGAGGCUAUCAAAGGGAUACUUGAAGAGAGAAAAGUUAUUGCUGUUUUCGAUGAUGUUGAUGAUAUAAGCCAACUAAAUGCACUGUGUGGAAAGAAAGAAUGGUUCUGUGAAGGAAGUCGAAUUAUUAUUACCACAAGAAAUAGAGGGGUUUUACCUGAAAAUUAUGCGCACCACGAUGUACAAAAGUUGGAUCCCUCUGAGUCACUCCGACUUUUUAGUUACCAUGCAUUUAAAAGAGAGAAACCUGCAGACCAGUUUUUGAAUCUGUCUAAGCAAUUUGUGUCACUUACAGGAGGGGUACCAUUGGCUCUUGAGGUAUUUGGUGCUUUUUUGUUCGAUAAGAGGACGAUCCUGGAAUGGGAAGAUGCAAUGGGAAAGUUAAGUGAGAUUCGUCCUGAUAAUCUUCAAGGAAUACUAAAGAUAAGCUUUGAUGGGCUAGAUGAACAAGAUAAGUGCAUAUUCCUUGACAUCGCAUGUCUCUUUGUUGAAAUGGAGAUGAAGAGAGAAGAGGCUAUAGACAUAUUGAAGGGUUGUGGAUUUAGAGCUGAGAUAGCAAUCUCUGUCCUUGUGGCAAAAUCACUCAUCAAGAUUGCUAAAGAUGAUACUUUGUGGAUGCAUGAUCAACUUAGAGACAUGGGCAGACAAAUUGUUCAACAGCAGAACCUUCUAGAUGCUGGACAGCGUAGUAGACUGUGGGAUCGUCAUGAAAUCAUGUCUGUGUUGAUGCUGAAAAAGGGAACAAGAAGUAUACAGGGUAUUGUCUUAGACUUUAAAGAAGGAAUCUCGAAGAAGAAGAACUCAAGUGCUGGCACAAAUUUCUGGGGUAAUCAUGAACGAAGGCUAAGUCUCAUCCCUGCUGUUACAUAUUUGAAAGAAAGAUACAAAAAACUUUAUCAACAUGGAUCAGAAAAUGAGAGAGAGACAAUACUUUACACUAAAUCUUUUGAAUCAAUGGUUAGUCUGAGACUGCUUCAGAUCAAUCAUAUAAAAUUGGAAGGGAAAUUUAAAUUUCUUCCGGCUGAACUGAAGUGGCUGCAAUGGAAAAAAUGCACAGUGAAAAGUCUUCCUUCUGAUUUUUGUCCUUUCCAACUUGCUGUUCUUGAUCUCUCAAAUAGUGCCAUUGAACAUGUGUGGGGUUCGUACACUAACAAGGUGGCUAAGAACUUGAUGGUCAUGAAUCUGCGUGGUUGCUGGAAUCUAGCUGCUAUUCCUGAUUUAUCCAAGCAUCAGAUCCUGGAAAAGCUUGUACUUGAGGGUUGCAUUAAACUGACUAAGAUUCAUGAAUCUCUUGGUAAUAUGAGUACAUUACUUCAUUUGAACCUCAGAGCAUGCUCAAGCCUCAUUGAAUUCCCAAGUGAUGUCUCAGGUCUGAAACAUCUUGAGAAACUUAUCCUUUCUCGUUGCUCUGAAUUAAAGAACUUACCGGAGAACUUAGGCAGUAUGAGAUCUUUAAAGGAACUUCUUCUUGAUGGCACUGCUAUAGAAAAACUGCCUAACUCCAUAUUUUACCUUGUAAAACUUGAGAAGCUAAAUCUAGAUAACUGUAAACUUUUGAAACAACUACCUGAAUGUAUAGGAAAGCUGUAUGCUCUGAAGGAACUCUCCCUUAAUCAUUCUGCAAUAGAAGAACUACCAUAUUCUGUUGGAUACUUGGGAAACCUUCAGCAACUAAGUUUAAUUGGCUGUAGAUUAGUGACUGCAAUCCCUUAUUCUAUUGGGAAUCUCAAGUCCUUAAUAGAAUUCUUAAUUGGUGGAACUGCAGUCAAAGAGCUGCCUACUUCUAUUGGUUCAUUAUCAUAUUUGAAGACUUUCUCAGUUUGGAACUGUCAACUCCUUUGCAAAUUGCCUGAAUCAAUUGAAGGAUUAGCUUCACUUGUUGAGCUUCAGUUAGAUGGGACAUCCAUCAAAGAUCUUCCAGAUCAGAUUGGUGGCUUGAAAAUGCUUGACAAGCUUCGGAUGAAGAAUUGUAAAUAUCUUAAAAAUUUACCGGUAUCAAUUGGAAGGGUGUUGAGUCUGACUACUCUGGACAUUUCUGAAGCCAAUAUUUUGGAGUUGCCCGAAUCCAUUGGGAUGUUAGAAAAUCUUAUUCUAUUAAGAAUGAACAAAUGUAAACAGCUCCAGAAACUUCCAGCUUCAAUUGGACAAUUGAAGUCUUUGGUCCAUUUGCUAAUGGAGGAAACUGCCAUAACAGAGUUACCAGAAAGCUUUGGUAUGCUUUCAAGCUUAAUGGUAUUGAGAAUGGCGAAAAAGCCACCUUUAAAAAUGCCUGGAAAAUCUGAGCCAAUGAUGACUAAUGUGGUACUGCCAGCAUCUUUCACAAAUCUCACAUUGCUGGAAGAACUGGAUGCACGUUCUUGUAGAAUCUGUGGUAAAAUUCCUGAUGAUUUUGACAAGUUAUCACGUUUAGAAAUCUUGAGACUAGACAACAACAAUUUUCACAGCCUUCCAUCUAGCAUGAGGGGACUCUCCUUUCUCAAAAAGCUUUGGUUGUGCGAGUGUGAAGAACUCAAGUUUCUCCCUCCUCUUCCCUCUAGUUUGGAAGAGAUAAAUGUUGCAGACUGUUUUGAAUUGGAAAGAAUACAUGACCUUUCAAACUUGGAGAGCUUAAAGUUACUGAACCUUACAAACUGUGAGAAAGUGAUGGAUAUUCCUGGCCUUGAAUGUUUAAAGUCCUUGAGACGUUUGCACAUGAGUUGUUGCAAUGCAUGCUCUGCAGUAGUGAAGAAAAGACUUUCUAAGGUUCAUUUGAAGAAAUUACGCUAUCUAAGUAUGCCUGGAAGCAAAAUUCCAGAAUGGUUUACUCCAAAUAUUGUUAGAUUUUCAAAACGGAAAAACCUAGAGAUCAAAGCUGUGAUCAUAGGUGUAGUCAUCGCUCUUGACCAUCAGAUACCAGAUGAUGUGAGAUUUCAACUCCCUGGAGUAGUGGACAUAAGAGCAACAAUCACCACACCGGAUAAACCUAUAUUUUACACCACUUUGGAUUUACGGGGGGUACCGAAGACAAAUGACGAUCAAGUUCACUUUUGUCGAUAUUCAGUGUAUGGUGAUUCAUUGGUUAUGAUGUUGAAAGAUGGUUAUAAGAUACAGGUAUCCAAAAGAGACCCACCAGUUGACAAGGGGGUUGAACUGAAGAAAUGUGGGAUUUAUCUGGUAUACGAAAAUGAUGAUGAUUAUGAUGGGGAUGAGAAUUCAUUAGAGGAAAGCCAACUAUCUGUAUCAGAAAAGCUAGUUCAUUUUUUUGCUUCUUUCGGAGAAGAUGAAGAUGAUCAAAUGUCUGAAGCAGGUACUCAAGUUGAACAAGAAAUGCAAGAGAUCAAAGAACAAGAAGGUACUCAAGUUGAACAAGAAAUGCAAGAGAUCAAAGAACAAGAAGGUACUCAAGUUGAACAAGAAAUGCAAGAGAUCAAAGAAAAAGAAGCUACAAAUUCAUCCAACAAUGAUAGUUACUUUACUUUUGUCACAAUUGUUGUUUCUUUUACCAUAAUGUUGAUUAGUUGGUCGUACUUUUUUGUUUUGAGAGAGAAAGGUGUAUGA